AUGUUUUUCCUUUCUAGAUCUUGCACUCUGGACUUGUCAGCCUUGCAGACUUCUGAGCACCUCUCCUCAGCUAUGAGCAGACCACUGGAAUUUAACAUCUAUGUGGUCACCUGCAGCAUUCUGCUCUUAUCCUCCCAUCCACCAUGCUGUGCAGCUCAGCAAGCAGAGGAGAGGGACAUGACCAAGGUUCAGCAUGGACCCUGGGCAGAGAAUGGGGUAGAAGAUGAAAGGACAAGCAUGCUGAACUUGGAAAAUAACCUGGGUCCUUCUGAGGAGGGUGUCUCUGAAGAGCCCUGUGGAGUGUCAGCAAAGCCCUCGGAGAUGCCCUUCAGUGAAGCUUUUACUGCAGAAGGAGAAAUUCAGCCUGUAAGCCCAAACCAUCUCAUGCCAGGCAGCCAAGUCCUGGGUGCUCAGACCUCUGCUGUGACAGUGGCUGCUGUGGCUGAGGAGGAGCUUGGUCCCACAGCAUCAGAGCUGGAGGAGGAUGGGGCAUUCAAGGCCAUGCUGACCACAGCUGUCACUACCUUGAAUCCUGCUGUCCAGGAGGAGUCUGCUGGUGAGGAGACCACCACAGGGGGUGGUGUUGAAGUUGAGCGUGGCUCUACUGGUCCCUCAGCAAACCCCCUUCCUGGGACAGCUGCUGAGGAGGAGAUGGCAGAGAGCAUCUCACCCCACUCAGCUGAACCCCAACCCGUGAUACAUCCCAGCUCUCCCAGCUGGGAAAUGGCAGGGGAUCAUCCUGUCAUCCCAACUCCCCAGGCUAGCAGUGUGACCUCUGAGGUGGGAAUGGGAAGAGCCCACACAGGGAGCCCUCUGAAAUCCCUGGCUGUGCGAGCAUCUGUGGCUGCCAAGCAUCCCCUGGUGGUGACCCAGGCCACACUCCCCCUGGGAGCAGGGAUGGGUGUCAGGCAGGGAGAGCUGCCCACCCUGGCUGGCACUGUCACUGCUUACCCUCCGGACACUCUGCCACCUGACUGGGAUGACACAAAACUGGGGGAUGUGAGUCAAGGGGGAAGCACAUCUCGGGAGGAGGUGACGGAGGAUCUGGGGGCAGCAGAACCAUCCCUGGCCACCAAGGGAAGUGUUGGGGAGGAAGAGGAUGCAACGAGAGUGCUGCCAUCCCCAGUGUCCCCUCCUCUAACUCCUGGGCUUGCUGAGGAGACCAACUCCACAACUCUGGUGCAAGGGGAGGAGAUGCCAGCACCUUCCACCAGCAGUGGUGACACUUUCCACGCCGUGAACCUGACGGGUGUAGACACUGAUUACAGCUCGUUGGAAAACAUCAAUGCAGUCACAACAGAGGAGGGGAAAAGCAUCCUGCCCUCCCAGCCAGAGGCUGCUGUGGUGACAGAUACACAACCUGAUCUCCAUCCCACUCUGGAAAGCUCCUGGAAAGGUAUUACUGAGGAGGUGACAACAGUUGCCCAGGAGGCUGAUGCUGCUCUCUCAGUUGUGACAAUGACACCUGCUGCCACCCAGGGUACAGGAGCUGGAAGCUUUCCACAGGAAAACAGUGGGGAGGACACCCAGAUGCUGACUGCUCCCAGUGCCACCCAGAUGUUGGCAACUGAUACUUCCUCUGUGGUGAACACUCCAGAUGUAGAAGAUAUCACAGAUGUGGUCCUGGUCACCAGUGAGAAGGCUGCUGCAGCUCCUGGUGGGUUGCCUGCUACUCAGUCUGGACAGAUGGAAGAACCAUCUAGCAGAAGUGUGGACAUGGUAACUCCAGCAUCAAUGGCAUCUUCUGUCAGGAGGACAUCUCUCCCAUCUGUGAGGAGGAUCAGCACUGCUGUCACCUAUGGGCUGGACCGCCUGGAGUCAGAAGAGGGUGAGGAAGAGGAAGAGGAUGAAGAGGAGGAGGAAGAAGAAGAAGAGGAAGAGGAAGAUGAGGAGGACAAAGACAUUGAUUCGAUGGAUGAAAGCAUGGAGGGUGACACGGAGCUGCCAGGUUUCACACUGCCAGGAGAGACCUCCCAGGAGCCCAUAGCUGGUCUGGAAAACCCUGUGGCCCAGCUGGCUGGGGUGUCCUACCAGGUUCCUGACACCAUUGAGUGGGAACAGCAGAACCAGGGUCUGGUGAGAAGCUGGAUGGAGAAGCUGAAAGAUAAGGCAGGAUACAUGUCAGGGAUGCUGGUUCCUGUAGGAGUCGGGAUAGCUGGAGCCCUCUUUAUCCUAGGAGCACUCUACAGCAUUAAGAUUAUGAAUCGCCGAAGGAGAAAUGGCUCAAAGAGACAUAAAAGGAAGCAGCGGGAAUUUAACAGCAUGCAGGACCGAGUCAUGCUCCUGGCUGACAGCUCUGAAGAUGAAUUUUGAGGAGGACUGCAGUGCCCUUGUGAUGAGCCCCAUGACUUUUUUUCAAAGAAGGGAGGGAGGAGAAAAGAAAAA